AUGCACUGUUCCAAGUGGUCUACACACUUCCAGAGUCUGAUGGUAGUGCAGUGGUCUUUGAGCUACCUUGCCAUAUUGGGGAUCUUGCUCUCAUCAUUCCUUUACCUGCUAUUUACAUCCCUGUGGCUACUACCAACUCUUUACCUGGUAUUCCUGAUGGAUUGGAAGACCCCAGAUCAAGGUGGAAGACAAUCAGCCUGGGUAAGGAACUGGCAUAUCUGGACUUACAUCAGGGAUUAUUUCCCCAUUAAGAUUGUGAAAACAAAAGACCUGUCACCUGAGCAGAACUACCUCAUGGGAGUUCACCCCCAUGGUCUCUUGACCUUUGGUGCCUUCUGCAACUUCUGCACUGAAGCCACAGACUUCUCCAAGAUCUUCCCAGGCAUCACUCCUCACUUGGCCACACUGUCCUGGUUCUUCAAGAUCCCACUUAUAAGAGACUACAUCAUGGCCAAAGGUGUGUGCUCCGUGAGUCAGCCAGCAAUUGACUACCUGCUGAGCCAUGGAAAUGGCAACCUUGUGGGCAUUGUAGUGGGAGGAGUGGGAGAGGCUCUGCAAAGUGUGCCCAAUACCACUACUCUUCUCCUCCAGAAUCACAAGGGGUUUGUACGCACAGCCCUUCAACACGGGGCUCAUCUGGUCCCUACCUUCACUUUUAGAGAAACCGAGGUGUACAAUCAAGUGUUGUUCCCUGAGGACAGCUGGAUGUACAAAUUACAGAGCUCUUUCUGCCGUAUCUUUGGUUUCUAUUUAUGUGUCUUCUAUGGAAAAGGCUUCCACCAAGGUUCCAGGUGUCUCUUUCUCUACUCGAGGCCUAUCACCACUGUGGUUGGAGAGCCUCUACCAGUGCCCAAAGUUGAAAACCCAAGCCAGGAGACAGUGAGCAAAUACCAGGAUGCCCUGUGCAAACUGUUUGAUGAACAUAAGACCCAAUAUGGUUGUUCAGAGACCCAAAAGCUGAUAUUCCAAUUGCCAAAUGCUUUAGCCCAGUCCUCCUAUCAACUCCCAGCCCACUUUAACAACCACAGUUUUGUGGUCCAAAUCCAAAAUUGCUGUGUUGUUCCAACCAUGCAGACAAUGGGAAAACAUGAAAGAGUGAAAGCAGUAUUUGGACCAAUUAAUCUAGCGACUGUCAUUCAGAUUAGAUGGAGGGAUAAAAACCUUGAAUCAACUAUCCCUAAGCCUGUCCUCAAGAAGUUUCAAAAAAUCAUCUCUGAACAACAGCAUAACCAAAAGUAUGGCAUAUUUCAGAACACUCUCAAAAGUUUAGACUAA